AUGGCCGAUACUGCUCCUCCAGCAAAGUCCCCAGCCGAGAAGAAGGCCGCAAAGACUAAGGUGCCCGCUGCACAUCCCAAGUACAUUGACAUGAUUAGCGCUGCUGUUGCAUCUCUGAAAGAACGUGGUGGCUCAUCUCGACAGGCCAUUCUCAAGUACAUCAUGGCCAACUACAAACAAGCAAAGGGCACAGGCGCUAGUGGCUCCUUCAAACUUGGAGACAAACCCAAGACCGAAAAGAAGCCUAAAGCCAAAAAGGUAGCCAAACCCAAGGCAGCCAAGCCCAAGAAGGCCGCCACCAAGCCCAAGAAGCCUGCGGGAGAGAAGAAGGCCAAGACUCCAAAGAAGAAGGCAGCAGCCAAGAAACCAGCCGGACCCAAGAAAGCCAAGUCCUCCAAGAAAAAGGCACCCCCCAAGUCUCCAAAGAAGACAGCAGCCAAACCCAAGAGGGCCAAGACCCCCAAGAAGGCAGCGGCCAAGAAGACAAAGACUCCCAAGAAAGCGGCCGCCAAGAAAUAA